AUGUUCGGAGUAUUCGUAUUAAUUAUUUACAUCCAAUGUAUUAAAUGUCAACAGUCUACUACAGAGGUUACUCCAAAGAAACUCUCUUGUAACGGUCGUACUUGUCUAACAUGCGGUAAAUGUUGUGAUUGGCGUUUUACUGGCGAUGCACCAACUGCGGAUUGGAUACGUAACUAUCAAAAUUGGGGUAACGAUGACUGGAAGCGUUGGCGUCGUAAUCGUAUGUGGAAACUUUAUGAGCGUAUUGAAGAUGGGACAUGUACUAGUGUUAGUCAAGGUUCUGGUUCUACUUUUGAUGAUCCCAUUUUUGGUGGUCAUCAUGUUGUUCAUACAGUUGAUUUUUGCGCUGGUCAUACUAUUAAAGCAAGUCAUGAUUUUCUUUUUGUUGGAGAUCAUAUUCCUGCUGAUCAGCAUAUUAUUUCUUCUGGUGGUGACUUGUGUGUUUGUAAUAUUAAUAAUAAAUAA